AUGGGGUCCCCCUCCGAGAAAGAGAGUACCGCGCCUGAGGUCGCACUUCAAUCGACAAACGCGCCCGAAGUCGUGCCUCUCAGUGAUCCAGAGAAGCAACUUGCGCAUGAAGAACUCACAUCAGUGGAAGGUUCAGAGAAGAACCAUAACAGCGCUACCAAUGGACGUUAUGUCGACCGAGCAGCCGAGCUGAGAUUGCUAAGGAAAUUUGAUUUGAGGUUGAUCCCGAUUCUUUUCACCUGCUAUCUUUUGAGUUAUAUUGAUCGCUCUAAUGUUGGAAACGCAAAAAUUGCUGGUAUGCAAGAGGAAUUGCAUUUUUCCGCCGACGGAAAUGAUUACAGCUGGCUUCUUACAAUCUUCUACAUUGCAUACAUUUUAUUCGAAUGCGGUACCUUGAUGUGGAAGGUUGUGCCACCGCAUAUUUGGGGUGCCGCUAUGGUUGCAGGAUGGGGUCUUAUUUCCACCCUUCAGGCUGCCGCAACUUCAUGGAGUGGAAUGAUGGCACUUCGUUUUCUCCUCGGAGCAUUUGAGGCGUGCUUCGGGCCUGGUAUUCCAUUCUACCUAUCCUUCUUCUAUCUGCGCAAGGAGCUUGGUUGGAGGAUCGGUUUGUUCCUCUCGGCUGGACCGCUUGGAACUUGUUUUGCUGGCGCUUUGGCAUAUGGCAUUACCAGUGGCCAUGUAAGCAUUGCGAACUGGCGACUGCUAUUCUUGGUCGAAGGCCUGCCAUGCUUUGUAAUGGCUGCUGUAGUAUACUUUUUUCUUCCAGAUUCGCCAACGAAGGCAACAUUCUUGAACGAGGAGGAUAUGGCCGUUGCCAGGAGCAGAGAUGUCCUCCAAGUGGGUGGAGAUGAUUCCACCACUAGCAAGAGAAUCGGGUCUAUCGUAUGGUCGGAUAUCCUGGCUUCACUCCUAGACGUUAAGGUUCGUACUCACCAAGAAUUCUUCUUUAUUUCCCUCCUCUGUCCGUCUCCCUUCUGGCAAAUAAGUGAUGCUAACGCGACUGGCCAGAACUACAUUACAGCAAUGAUGUAUUUCUCAUGCAACGUCUCUUUCUCCUCACUCCCAGUCUUUCUCCCCACAAUCCUCACGGAGAUGCACUUCAAGCCCAUCGACGCCCAAGGUCUUUCUGCACCGCCAUACUUCGUCUCUUUUAUAGUUGUUCUAGCCAGUACAUACUUCGCUGACCGAUAUGGACAACGCGGCUUCACCGUCCUCGCCCUCUCCCUCGUCGGUGCCAUAGGAUACAUAGUACUCGCCACUACAGAAGCCACUGGCCCUCGAUACUUUGGCGUUUACCUCGCAGCAGCUGGAAUUUAUCCAACCAUUAUCAACAUCCUCCCCUGGGUGCUCAACAAUCAAGGUUCAGAUACAAAACGUGGAGCUGGUAUCGCAAUCCUUAAUCUCAUCGGGCAGUGUGGCCCCCUGCUGGGCACUCGCAUUUACCCCGCUACCGACAAGCCGUAUUAUCGUCUCGGAAUGUGGACUUGUGCUGCAUUCAUGCUGUUCAAUGGACUUUUGGCUAUAACUUUGAGGACUCUACUUGUUUGGGAGAAUAAGAAGCUGGAUCAGAAGUAUGGCCCUGUUGAAAAAGGAGCGGAUGGCAAGGAGCUGGCUACUGCUGGUAUUGAGAAUGACGGGCCGAAUUUUAGAUACAUUUUGUAA